AUGGGAGGAGUUCCAACACGACCUGUCAUUUCAAAUGAUGUUAAUCGGAUGUGUUCCGACCUGACAAUUUUCUUUUCAAAAUAUCCAUCAAAAAAUCAAAAUGUGAGAUACAUAUUUUAUCCGUUAGCAGACUCGGACAUAGCGAUUUCGUAUACUUCAAAUUUGCGAGAUGGAUGGGAAGCAAAACAAGACCAAAGUGGAAAUCUCUAUUAUACAUAUUUGUCUCAAACCCCACAACAAAAAUACUCUUCAUCGCCACCAACAAAUGAAUUUAUUGAGCUCGAACAAAAAAGGCUAAAAAAUAAAUGGGAGGUCACUUAUAACGCAACAGAAGGAAGAGUCGAGUACAGAAAUAGUAACAACGAAGUCAGGUACACUCCACCAAAAAAGAAUAAAAUAUUUGAGACAAUGAGGAUUGACAGGACACGUCUUGUUCAUAUUUACCUCAAAAUGACAGACUUACUGGAAAAAAGCAAGAGGACUGAAGAAACAGAUUUGAAACAAAACGACAUGAAAAAUGCAGAAGUCAAAACGCAAAGUGGGGAAAUUUGCCCAAUUUGUUACGACCAGACGUGUGACAUCGUUUUGGACUGUGGUCAUUCGUUUUGUGAUUCGUGCUUUGCUAUCUGGUGCAAGAAGUUCUCGUACUGCCCGUCUUGCAAAAAGCCGAUCGACGAUUGGCUCUGUCAAUGUAAAAACACGCCAAUGGGAAUACUUGAACAAGCACUGAAGAUUGUCACCGAGACAUUGUAA